AUGGCAUCACGAUCCACCAGCCAAUCUGAAGGCGAAGUCCUCAGCUCAGAUCCAGAAUCGAAGGCAAAGAGCAUACCUUCUUCUCGCAAUUACAGCCAAGUUGACCGUCAUACCAGACCAUAUCAAGCCUCACGGGACGCUGCUACUAGAUCAAAUCGAUCGCGAUCAAGAUCCCCAUACCGUGCUCCAAGAGGCGAGAAGCGACCACGAGAUUCCGAUCAUGUUAGAGGCAGAUCCUUCAACGAUUCGCGCAAUCUCUUGCUGAGGUACGAAGACAAUGCACAUCGCCACCGACCUCGCAGCUCCUACGACGAACGGAGUACAAAACGCUCUCGUACUUACUCCCGAAGCCGUUCUCGAAGCCGAUCUCCCUAUCGACACACGAGCAAACCAGAAAACCGUGGUGAGCGGUCACGAGAGACCCCUGGAGAUCGACAUCUCCACCCGUCAGGACGUCGGAUAGAUCGACCUUCCAUGUCACCAAAGCCACUGGGAAGCCCACUGCGAGAUGCAAGAACCGCGCGCAUGGAAUCUGACCCCGCUUCUAGUACUUUGCAGAAAGAGAAAGCUUCCCAAUCUGACUUCAGUAAGGAUUUCCCCAGUUCAUCCAGCUCUGAUGUGGCUGCCGAGAGUGUGGUGAUCGACAGCAAACCCAUGGAUGAGGCAGCUUUGAUUGAGGAGCGCCGCAGACGGCGUGAAGCUAUUAAGAACAAAUACCGCGGUCAAGCCCCCUCCUUGCUCGUGCAGGCACUCCACGUCGGAGCGGAUUCCACACCUGGUACUCCAGCCUCCGACAGCCUUGCAACUACUCCACGUAGAUCCGGUGAGUUUAUCAGUCAAGUGAUCCAGGUGAGAGGACUAAUUUGUGUAGAAUCACCAACCCUUUCAUCGCCUCGUACACCUAAAGACAUCUCUGGACCGCAAUCUCCCGCCGAUGUUCACUUUGAAAAUGAUGCAGAACUUACUAAUGCAGAUAGAACAUCGCCUAGUGAGGAUGGUCCAUCAGCCGCCGACUAUGAUCCCACUAUAGACAUGGAAGAUGAGCGUGCUCGGCACGAUAAAAGCUUUUUCAAAGAAGACGACCAAUCAUUACAGCAGGCUGACGCUCAAAUCGACAAGAGAGGGAUUGAUCCAGACGAGCAACCAGCCAAAGCUAAUGCAGAUUUUGACAUGUUCGCUGAUGUCGAUGACGAAGAUGAUAUGUUUGCUCAAGGCCCAAUGCAGCCCAAACUAGAAGUCAAAGCCGCUCAAGCUCUUGACGUGAACUUAAUGGAUAACUGGGAUGAUCCUGAAGGUUACUAUAUCACCAUACUCGGUGAGCUUAUUCAAGAUCGGUAUCAUGUUACUCAAAAUCUGGGUCGAGGCAUGUUCUCUUCCGUCGUUCGCGCCACGGACUCACAGACCAACAUACCGGUAGCUAUCAAGAUUGUGCGCAACAACGAGAGUAUGCGAAAGGCAGGCAUCAAGGAAAUUGAUAUUCUCAAGGACAUUGCGAGCAAUGAUCCUGAGGACAAGAAACACCUGAUCCGACUUCAUCGAUCUUUUGAUCAUAAGGGUCACCUUUGCAUGGUGUUCGAGAAUCUCUCAAUGAAUCUUCGAGAAGUGCUGAAAAAGUUUGGCCGAGAUGUAGGGCUCAAUAUCAAGGCAAUUCGUGCUUAUGCACAGCAGCUUUUCCUUGGGCUUGGCCUGUUGAGAAAGUGCCAAUAUAUCCACGCGGACCUCAAGCCAGACAACAUUCUUGUCAACGAAGCUAGAAGCGCCUUGAAGAUCUGCGAUCUUGGUUCCGCUUCACCGAUCACAGAAAAUGCUACGGCGCCUUAUCUAGUUUCUCGGUUUUAUCGAGCUCCUGAAGUGAUUCUCGGCAUUCCUUACGACUAUGGUAUUGAUAUGUGGUCAAUUGGCUGCACUCUCUUUGAGCUCUACACAGGCAAGAUUCUAUUUACUGGACGAAACAACAACGGUAUGCUGCGAGCGAUCAUGGAAUGUCGAGGCAAGUUUCCUCACAAACUAUUACGACGUGGUGCCCUGAGCUAUAACUAUUUCGACGACCUGCUCAAUUUCCAGUCUCAAGAAAUUGACAAGCUCACAGGAAGGACGGUCACCAAGAUGAUCGACAUCAAAGCGAAGCCAGUACGUGACUUGCGAUCAAGAUUAAUACCCAAGGAUAGACGGAUGAAUGAGCAAGAGAGGAAAGAGUUAGAGUUGUUUGUCGAUCUUCUUGACAAAUGCUUAGAUUUGCGGCCUGAGAAGCGCAUUACACCGACUGAUGCGUUGAAGCAUCCAUUCAUCUUGAAGAUGAAAACAUAG